GGCGCCCCAGCCCUGCUGAACAGCCCCGAGCGCGUUGCGGCCGGCCCGAGAGGGCGAACGAGGAGGAGCGGCGAGACCCGGAGAAAGGGAACGAGAAAGAGCGAGCCCGAGAGCGAGCGCCAGGAGCAGACACCAUGCCCGGCUGGAAGAAGAAUAUCCCCAUCUGCUUGCAGGCGGAGGAGCAGGAGAGAGAUGAGAGUCCCUACACUAAAUCCGCCAGCCAGACAAAGCCGCCUGAUGGAGCAUUGGCUGUGAGGAGACAGAGCAUCCCAGAGGAAUUCAAGGGCUCCACAGUCGUUGAAUUGAUGAAGAAGGAAGGCACGACACUGGGUCUGACAGUAUCUGGAGGAAUUGAUAAGGAUGGCAAGCCAAGAGUAUCUAAUCUGCGGCAAGGAGGCAUUGCUGCUAGAAGUGAUCAGCUGGAUGUGGGUGACUACAUCAAAGCGGUCAAUGGAAUCAACCUGGCCAAAUUCCGCCAUGACGAGAUCAUCAGCUUGCUGAAGAAUGUCGGGGAAAGAGUGGUUCUUGAAGUCGAGUACGAGCUGCCCCCAGUCUCUGUACAAGGAUCAGGUAUCAUUUUCCGAACGGUGGAGGUCACAUUACAUAAAGAAGGCAACACCUUUGGGUUUGUAAUACGAGGGGGAGCGCAUGAUGAUAGAAAUAAAUCUCGUCCGGUUGUGAUAACAUGUGUUCGUCCUGGAGGGCCUGCUGACAGAGAGGGCACAAUCAAACCUGGCGAUAGGCUGCUCAGUGUGGAUGGAAUUCGGCUUCUUGGAACCACGCAUGCUGAAGCCAUGAGUAUUCUUAAACAGUGUGGACAAGAAGCAACGCUGCUGAUAGAAUAUGAUGUCUCAGUAAUGGAUUCUGUGGCAACAGCAUCCGGGCCACUACUAGUUGAAGUUGCCAAAACUCCUGGUGCCAGCCUUGGGGUUGCCCUAACUACCUCGAUGUGCUGUAACAAACAGGUCAUUGUCAUAGACAAAAUCAAAUCUGCAAGUAUUGCGGACAGAUGUGGGGCGCUGCACGUGGGAGAUCACAUCCUGUCUAUCGAUGGAACCAGCAUGGAGUACUGUACACUAGCAGAAGCAACCCAAUUCCUGGCAAACACCACCGACCAGGUCAAGCUAGAGAUUCUUCCCCAUCAUCAGACCCGCCUAGCCCUGAAGGGACCUGAACACGUGAAAAUUCAGAGGAGCGACAGGCAACUUACCUGGGAUUCCUGGGCCAGCAACCACAACAGCCUUCACACCUACCAUCACUAUAACACGUACCACCCUGAUCAUUGCAGAGUGCCAGCCCUGACAUUCCCGAAAGCGCCUCCUCCAAACAGCCCUCCAGCUUUGGUGUCUUCAUCUUUCUCUCCUACCUCCAUGAGUGCAUACAGCCUGAGUUCCCUGAACAUGGGGACUUUACCACGAAGCCUGUACUCCACUAGCCCACGCGGAACCAUGAUGAGGAGGAGACUGAAAAAGAAAGACUUCAAAAGUUCAUUGUCUUUAGCCUCUAGUACAGUUGGCUUGGCUGGGCAGGUUGUUCACACAGAAACCACAGAGGUUGUGCUGACAGCAGAUCCUGUCACAGGAUUCGGGAUACAACUACAGGGCAGUGUGUUUGCCACAGAGACUCUCUCUUCUCCACCUCUGAUUUCCUAUAUUGAAGCUGACAGCCCAGCAGAGAGAUGUGGGGUACUACAGAUUGGAGACCGAGUGAUGGCCAUUAAUGGAAUUCCAACUGAAGACAGCACCUUUGAGGAAGCCAGUCAGCUCCUCCGAGACUCUUCCAUCACUAACAAGGUCACGCUGGAAAUCGAGUUUGAUGUUGCAGAGUCUGUCAUCCCAAGUAGUGGAACAUUUCAUGUAAAGCUACCUAAGAAGCAUAAUGUGGAACUUGGAAUAACCAUAAGCUCGCCAUCCAGUAGAAAACCAGGGGACCCCCUUGUCAUUUCAGAUAUCAAGAAAGGCAGUGUGGCACACAGAACUGGAACUCUGGAACUCGGGGAUAAAUUACUUGCAAUAGAUAACAUCCGGCUGGACAACUGUUCCAUGGAAGACGCAGUUCAGAUCCUCCAGCAGUGUGAAGACCUGGUGAAGCUCAAAAUCCGCAAAGAUGAAGAUAAUUCAGAUGAACAAGAAAGUUCCGGAGCAAUUAUUUACACCGUGGAGCUUAAGCGCUAUGGGGGCCCCCUUGGCAUCACAAUUUCAGGAACUGAAGAGCCGUUUGAUCCUAUAAUCAUUUCAAGUCUCACUAAAGGGGGAUUAGCUGAAAGAACUGGUGCAAUCCAUAUAGGAGACCGAAUCCUCGCCAUCAACAGCAGCAGCUUGAAAGGGAAGCCUCUGAGUGAAGCCAUCCAUUUGUUACAGAUGGCAGGAGAGACUGUCACCUUGAAAAUUAAGAAACAGACAGAUGCCCAGUCAGCAUCAAGUCCCAAGAAAUUCCCCGUUGCCAGCCAUUUAAGUGACCUGGGGGAUGGGGAAGAGGACUCCUCUCCUGCACAGAAACCAGGCAAACUCUCCGACAUGUACUCCUCCACAGUGCCCAGUGUGGACAGUGCCGUUGACUCAUGGGAUGGCUCUGGAAUAGAUGCCAGCUAUGGGAAUCAAGGCACUGGCUUUCAGGCCUCAGGAUACAACUUUAACACCUAUGACUGGAGGAGUCCGAAACAGAGAGGCAGUUUGUCCCCGGUCACUAAGCCACGAAGCCAGACCUACCCAGAUGUGGGGCUGAGUAAUGAAGACUGGGACCGGUCCACAGCCAGUGGUUUUGCAGGGGCUCCUGACGGUGCUGAGGUGGAGCAGGAGGAGAAUUUCUGGUCUCAAGCGCUGGAGGAUUUAGAAACCUGUGGACAGUCAGGAAUUCUGAGAGAACUUGAGGCAACAAUCAUGUCGGGGAGCACGAUGAGUUUGAAUCACGAGGCCCCAGCACCCCGCAGUCAACUGGGGCGACAGGCCAGCUUCCAGGAACGGAGCACCUCUCGACCGCACUAUAGCCAAACGACUCGAAGCAACACCCUGCCCUCAGAUGUGGGCAGGAAGUCUGUAACCCUGAGAAAAAUGAAGCAAGAAAUGAAGGAUAUCAUGUCCCCGACUCCUGUGGAGCUACAUAAGGUCACCUUGUACAAGGACUCUGACAUGGAAGACUUCGGGUUCAGUGUAGCAGAUAGCUUGCUGGAGAAAGGAGUGUAUGUCAAAAAUAUUCGCCCAGCUGGACCAGGAGAUCUUGGUGGCUUAAAACCUUAUGACAGGCUCUUACAGGUUAAUCACGUCCGCACAAGAGACUUUGACUGCUGCCUCGUUGUGCCCCUCAUCGCCGAAUCUGGUAAUAAGCUGGACCUGGUCAUUAGUAGAAACCCACUGGCUUCACAGAAGUCGACAGAACAACAGACUCUCCCAGGAGGAGAAUGGAGUGAACAGAACAGUGCUUAUUUCCAACAACCUAGCCACAGUGGUAAUCUGGAGACACGGGAACCCACUAACACAUUAUAGCAACGCUUUUUAUAAAACAGGACAAAAGACGUUAUCUACAUGGUGCUAAAAAUCCCUUUAAGAUUUCUGUGACAUUUGAAGCACAGAUAACCACGUGGCAUUAAGUACAAGCACAGGGGUCUUUGAAAUCUGUCUCACGGCUCAUGUUCACUUCCCUUUUUUGGUUACCACUAUGGUGUAUGGUAGGAAAUUUCCUGCCACCCCAAUGGUAAAAAAGAAGAGAAAAAUAGGUAGUCUGCCCCUCCCCACAAAUUAACAUCUGAGGAAAUUUUUUAUAAGUUCAUCUUACUGUCACUUUUUAAAAAGAGAAAUGUCUGUUUGAAAAUAUUCUCUAUGGUAAUUUCCUUAAUUCACUUUGAAAUCAGUUUCUUACUAUGAAGUCUUUAAUGUAAGAACUUGACCAACAAGGCUUUUCACAAUGAAGCUGGCUCUGCUAGGGGAACUAGUGUUUUGUAAGCUGCAGGGACUGCUGCCAUGGGAGGGGUACAGGUAUACGAUUAACUUAUCUUAAAACGUUUCAGCAACGAUGCACGUAGGAGACCAUUAUAGGUGGUGGGAAAAUGUUUUGCCCAAGUAGAGGAAUGAUCUUAACUAAGACGUAUGCUAUUCCCUAUGCAACCAAUUAUCAAACAGGAUAUGUCUUGUGACCUGUUUUUUUUUUUUAGGACACAUUUUUAAUAGCUGAAAAUCUCUGAUAAUGAAUAGUGUUUAGUAACACUGAGAAUUAGUUACCUUAUUUUUAAAAUUCAAGACUAAGAACUUAAGGAGAGAAUGGAGAGUCUAUUAAAAUAAGGCUCAUCUUAAAUGAUAGGCAAAUCAAAUUCAUACUGCUUGACAUGUUCUGAAAACUGGUAAUAUUGGGGGGUGUACAGCACAUGGACUUGAAAAUGACACUGGACUAUCUUUUGUUCUGAGCCAUGCCACUUACCGAAAUUGUAAAUACAUUUUUCACAAAAUGCAUUGCCAAUUAUUGCCAUCCCUCAAAGCAAUAAAUUGUAACAGUUGCUUUUUAUGUUUGUCAGCAACUGUUUUCAUUUGUUCAGAUAUUUUGAAUAGUUACACUAAUAACUGUUAUUUGGUGAAUAUAAAAAAUAAUCUGUAUAUUGAUUGUUGAAUUUCCAUACUGAAACGAUUAUUUUCCAAACAUUUUCAUUUUGGUCAAUAAUUCAAACCAUCACUUACGUAAGACAUUCAAACACUGUGUCCUUUGUUUAAGGAAAAAUUUCACUUUUCUUUUUGUGCAAAAUAUAUAUAUAUAUAUUAUUUUAAUCACAUUUCAGAAUUGCCAGGGCAAGAAAGUAUAGAGCAGAUCAUGUUGAGAAAAAAAAAAAAGAUCAUGAGUCACUUAAAUAUGUAUUUUUAUUUGUAACAAGUAUUAAACUGUAAAGUAUUUUUGUACAAAUUUAAUACUUUAAUAGCAUGGUAUUUAUCGUCUAUGUAUGUUUUGGGGAAUUCAAAAUUGUUGCAGAUAUUUGUAUGGGGGGAAAAAACCCUCUACCAAAUGGAAUAAACAGUGAUUUUAAAAAGCCAAAAAAUAUGACAUAUAUUUUUGGUGCCUAAAUAUAUUCAGAGUCGUAGACUGAGCCGUUUACAGUGUUUAUUUUUAUGUAAUUUCUAAUGGGGGAAAGUUUUGCCAUAAACUUGAGACACAGCAUGGAAGAGUUGGAAGAGCAUGGGUUUUGAAAUUGGACCUUGGUUUGAAUUCCAGGUCUGGUACCCAUUAGUGGUGCGGGCA